AUGGAGUUACACGAACGGCCAGAUGAAAGAGGGAAGGCCCGGACCUCCACUCAGGGCCGACUAGGGGACUGGCGGAGGGUGCACGCUGAUGGAUUUAUUCACCGGGGGCUCGGAGCUCGCAGCUGGCUGGAGCCCGCGAUGACGUCACGGGCCCGGGUCACAUGGCCGAGUCCGCCCCGCCCCCUCCCCGCCCCCGCCGCUGCCGCCCCCGCCGCUGCCGCCCCCGCCGCUGCCGCCCCCGCCGCCCCCGCCGCCGUCGGAGCGCAGGGUCCGGACGCGGCAGACGCUCGGAGCUCUCGGGGUAUCCAGGAGGCAAGCCCGCGGGCGCACGGGCGAGCGGGCCGGGAGCCGGAGCGGAGGAGGAGCGGGCAGCAGCGGCGCGGCGGGCCCCAGGCGACGCUCCUGAAAACUUGCGCGCGCGUUCGCGCCACUGCGCCCGGAGCGAUGAAGAUGGUCGCGCCUUGGACGCGGUUCUACUCCAACAGCUGCUGCUUGUGCUGCCCUGUCCGCACCGGUACCAUCCUGCUCGGCGUCUGGUAUCUGAUCAUCAAUGCUGUGGUACUGUUGAUUUUAUUGAGUGCCCUGGUUGAUCCGGAUCAGUAUCACUUCUCAAGUUCUGAAUUGGGAGGUGACUUUGAGUUCAUGGAUGAUGCCAACAUGUGCAUUGCCAUUGCGAUUUCUCUUCUCAUGAUCCUGAUAUGUGCUAUGGCUACUUACGGAGCGUACAAGCAACGUGCAGCCUGGAUCAUCCCAUUCUUCUGUUACCAGAUCUUUGACUUUGCCCUGAACAUGUUGGUUGCAAUCACUGUGCUUAUUUAUCCAAACUCCAUUCAGGAAUACAUACGGCAACUGCCUCCUAAUUUUCCCUACAGAGAUGAUGUCAUGUCAGUGAAUCCUACCUGUUUGGUCCUUAUUAUUCUUCUGUUUAUUAGCAUUAUCUUGACUUUUAAGGGUUACUUGAUUAGCUGUGUUUGGAACUGCUACCGAUACAUCAAUGGCAGGAACUCCUCUGAUGUCCUGGUUUAUGUUACCAGCAAUGACACUACGGUGCUGCUACCCCCGUAUGAUGAUGCCACUGUGAAUAGUGCUGCCAAGGAGCCGCCGCCACCUUACGUGUCUGCCUAAGCCUUCAAGUGGGCGGAGCUGAGGGCAGCAGCUUGACUUUGCAGACAUCUGAGCAAUAGUUCUGUUAUUUACUUUUGUGAUGAGCUCUCUGAGCUUGUUUGUUGCUGAAAUGCUACUUUUUAAAAUUUAGAUGUUAGAUUGAAAACUGUAGUUUUCAACAUAUGCUUUGCUAGAACACUGUGAUAGAUUAACUGUAGAAUUCUUCCUGUAUGAUUGGGGAUAUAACGGGCUUCACUAACCUUCCCUAGGCAUUGAAACUUCCCCCAAAUCUGAUGGACCUAGAGUCAGAGAAGUCUGCUUUUGUACCUGCUGGGCCCCAAAGUUGGGCAUUUUUCUCUCUGUUCCAUCUCUUUUGAAAAUGUAAAAUAAAACCAAAAAUAGAUAACUUUUUCUUCAGCCAUUCCAGCAUAGAGAACAAAACCUUACGGAAACAGGAAUGUCAAUUGUGUAAUCAUUGUUCUAAUUAGGUAAAUAGAAGUCCUUAUAUAUGUGUUACAAGAAUUUCCCCCACAACAUCCUUUAUGACAAGUUCAAUGACAGUUUGCGUUUGGUGGUAAAGGAUUUUCUCCAUGGCCUGAAUUAAGACCAUUAGAAAGCACCAGGCUGUGGUAGCAGUGACCAUCUGCUGACUGUUCUUGUGGAUCUUGUGUCCGGGGACAUGGGGCGACGUGUCUCGUAUGUGUUAGAGGGUGGAACGGAUAUGUUCGGCGCUGCAUGGGAUCUGGUGCCCCUCUUCUCUUGGAUUCACAUCCCCACCCAGGGCCCGCUUUUACUAAGUGUUCUGCCCUAGCUUGGUUCAAGGAGGUCAUCCAACUGACUUUAUCAAGUGGAAUUGGGAUAUAUUUGAUAUACUUUUGCCCAACAACAUGGAAAAGGGUUUUCCUUUCCCUGCAAGCUACAUCCUACUGCUUUGAACUUCCAAGUAUGUCUAGUCACCUUUUAAAAUGUAAACAUUUUCAGAAAAAUGAGGAUUGCUUUCCUUGUAUGCACUUUUUACCUUGACUACCUGAAUUGCAAGGGAUUUUUAUAUAUUCCUAUGUUCCAAAGUCAGCAACUCUCCUGUUGGUUCCUUACUGAAUGUGCUAUAAAUUAAGUCUUUUGCAAUUAAAAUGAGGUUUGCCCACA